CCGGCGCUCACUGUUCAGUGUUCAGGCCUCAGACGCACUACAGUUUACACUGUUUACAGUCACUCUCGUUACUCACCAAUUCGCUAGCCAAUGUUCAGUGYUCAGUAGUAGUGUACUAGCACCUGCUUAUCCGUUCUCAUCGCCGGCGCGUWACAAAAUAUGUGCAACGGAUAUUAUUAAAACAAAUUUCUUUCGGCCAGCUAGACGUGUGCGCGGUACUCAAGUGUUUUUCAAGUUGGUGCGUGUGCAUCCCAAUUACAUCGUUUUCACGUGAUUGUGCGAUCCACUAGUCGUCAACGCUUGUUGUUGCUGCCGUCCUUACUGCAUCGUGUUUUCAGAACUACCGCGACAAGAUGGUGUCCGGAAAAACUAUGAACGUGAGGGUGACCACAAUGGACGCUGAGUUGGAGUUUGCUAUCCAGCAAACUACCACCGGCAAACAGCUAUUCGAUCAGGUAGUAAAAACCAUAGGCUUGAGGGAGGUAUGGUUUUUCGGCCUGCAGUACACUGACAACAAAGGCGAUAUGACCUGGAUCAAACUGUAYAAAAAGGUCAUGAGCCAAGAUGUUAAGAAGGAAAACCCACUUCAAUUCAAGUUCCGAGCCAAAUUCUAUCCUGAAGAUGUCGCAGAAGAACUUAUACAAGAUAUUACUUUGAGAUUAUUUUAUCUACAGGUGAAAAAUGCCAUUUUAUCUGAUGAAAUUUACUGUCCAUCAGAAACAUCUGUAUUACUUGCUUCAUAUGCUGUUCAAGCAAGGCAUGGUGAUUUCAACAAACUCACUCACACUCCUGGUUUUCUUACUAACGAUCGUUUGUUACCACAACGUGUUAUGGAUCAACACAAAAUGACACGUGAAGAGUGGGAGUCUAGUAUCACUACAUGGUGGCAUGAACAUAGAGGCAUGAUGCGAGAAGAUGCCAUGAUGGAAUAUUUGAAAAUUGCCCAAGAUCUUGAAAUGUAUGGAGUUAAUUACUUUGACAUUCUAAACAAAAAAGGAACUGAAUUAUUUUUGGGUGUUGAUGCCCUAGGUCUCAAUAUAUAUGAAAAGGAUGAUAAAUUAACUCCAAAGAUUGGCUUUCCUUGGUCUGAAAUCCGUAAUAUUUCAUUUAAUGAUAGAAAGUUUAUCAUAAAACCUAUUGACAAGAAAGCUCCUGACUUUGUAUUCUUUGCACCACGUGUUCGUAUUAACAAGCGUAUUUUGGCUCUUUGUAUGGGGAAUCAUGAAUUGUACAUGAGGAGACGUAAACCUGAUACUAUUGAUGUACAGCAAAUGAAAGCCCAAGCUAGAGAAGAAAAACUUGCCAAACAACAACAAAGAGAGAAACUUCAACUAGAAAUAGCUGCCAGAGAAAAAGCUGAAAAAAAACAUCAAGAAUAUGAAGAACGCUUAAAAGUCAUGCAAGCAGAAAUUUCUAAACGUGAACAAGAUUUGCUGAGUGCUCAAGAUAUGAUUCGUCGUCUGGAGGAUCAAUUGAAUAAACUUCAACUGGCUAAAGAAGAACUUGAGCAAAGACAAAACGAACUUCAAAAAAUGAUGGAACGUUUAGAAGAAUCAAAGAACAUGGAAGCAGCUGAAAGAGCUAAAUUAGAAGAAGAGAUCAAAGCUAAACAAGAAGAAGUAAUGCGUAUUCAAUCUGAAGUUGAAACUAAAGAUGAAGAAACAAGACGUUUACAAGAGGAAGUUGAAGAGGCAAGACGUAAACAGGAAGAGGCUGCAGCUGCUGCACUUGCUGCUGCUGCAACCCCCAAGCAUCAUCAUGUUACGGAAAAUGAGAAUGAGGAUAAUGAUGAAAUGGUCAAUGGUCAUGAAACACAAGAUUUAGACACUGAUAUGGAUAUUGUUGAUCCAGUUGAGGAACGCCGUACCCUUGCUGAGCGCAAUGAAAGACUUCAAGAUCAAUUAAAAAUGUUAAAACAAGACUUAGCUCAAUCACGAGAUGAUACCAAGGAGACUGCCAUGGAUAAAAUUCAUCGUGAAAAUGUGCGCCAAGGACGAGAUAAAUAUAAGACUUUGCGUGAAAUUAGAAAAGGAAACACAAAACGCCGAGUUGAUCAGUUUGAAAACAUGUAAACACAUGCUCAUACUGUACAGGGUAGUUAUUUAAUUUGUAUAAGCAUAAAAAGCCUGCAAGUCCAAGAUCAUUUAUGUGUCUAGAGUUACAAGAUCAUUUUAAAUCUUGGUCUGUAAUUAUGAAUAUUAUUAAAUUACUAUUUAUUAAGGUUGUAAUAACAAAAAUGGUUGAACAAGUUAUGUAAAAUUUU